AUGAGCUCAAACUUGUCACAAGAAGAUGAAGAACACAAGUUGGAGAAGGAGGAAAUCUACAACUACGGUGGAGAAAAUGCGGAGCUAAAUUCGCCCGAAACUCAACUUAAAAGAAAGCGAAACCGUCGUCACACAUCCGAGCAAAUCCAUGCAAUGGAAGACUUCUUUAAGGAGUGUCCUCACCCGGACAACAGACAAAGAACCGAACUUAGCCGAGAGCUGGGAAUGGACCCGUUGCAAGUGAAAUUCUGGUUCCAAAACAAACGAACUCAAACGAAGACGAAAUACGAGCAUCGGCAGAAUAAACGCCUGAGGGCCGAAAACGAAAGGCUUAGGGCCGAAAACACGAGGUACAAAGAAGCCCUAAGCAACUCGUGGUGUGUUUCUUGUGGCGGCAUGGCUGCAAUCGGUGCAGUGACUCGCGAAGAAUGCCAUUUGAGAAUGGAAAACGCGCGGCUAAGAAACGAGAUCGAGCGCAUUUCGACAGUAGCCGCAAAUUAUGUCGGUAAGCCAUUGAUAAACUCCAGAAAUACUACUCCAUCUUCUCCCGUGCGAGCUACUAGCCUUGCGACGGGACUUUCUUUUCGAGGAUCGACGAGCAAGGGAAACGAGAGUGUCGGAGAGGAAGCAUCCGACGAGCCAAAGACAACACCGUGA